AUGAACCGGGCUAUAGUUUAGUGCGCGCCGGCCGCAUCUUCUUUAGUUGCCCGGGCUGCGCGAGGCGAGCAACGUUGGAGUGAUUAGAUUUUCUUCAAUUUUAAUUACAAAAAAAAAAAAAACAAAAAAAAAACCAACCCCCCACAAAAAACUAUUAUUGCAAUUUAUUUCCUUAGGUGCUGCUCAGCGUGAGAAAGCUUUAGCGUAAGACCAACACCAUGUCCAUCCUCAAGAUCCACGCCCGUGAAAUCUUCGACUCCCGUGGGAAUCCCACCGUUGAAGUAGACGUCUUCACCAACAGAGGUCUCUUCCGUGCUGCCGUUCCCAGCGGAGCGUCAACUGGUAUCUACGAAGCCCUGGAACUCCGUGACAAUGACAAGACUCGCUUCCUGGGGAAAGGUGUCUCAAAGGCUGUUGAGCAUGUGAAUAAAACUAUCGCGCCCGCCCUGGUUAACAAGAAUAUAAGCGUGGUGGAACAGGAAAAGAUUGACAAGUUGAUGAUUGACAUGGAUGGAUCUGAGAACAAGUCUAAAUUUGGUGCGAACGCAAUCCUGGGUGUCUCCCUGGCGGUGUGCAAGGCUGGCGCGGCGGAGAAGGAGAUACCUCUGUAUCGCCACAUUGCCAAUUUGGCCGGGAACAAAGAAGUUAUUUUGCCGGUGCCUGCUUUCAACGUGAUCAACGGCGGUUCUCAUGCUGGGAACAAGCUGGCCAUGCAGGAGUUUAUGAUCCUUCCUGUCGGGGCAGAGAGCUUCAAGGAAGCCAUGCGGAUCGGGGCGGAAGUGUAUCACAACCUGAAGAACGUCAUCAAGGAGAAGUAUGGCAAGGAUGCCACCAACGUGGGGGAUGAAGGAGGCUUUGCCCCCAACAUCCUGGAGAACAAGGAAGCUCUGGAGCUGCUGAAGAAUGCCAUUAGCAAGGCUGGCUACACGGAUAAGAUUGUCAUCGGAAUGGACGUGGCGGCGUCUGAAUUUUAUCGUGAUGGGAAAUAUGACCUGGACUUCAAAUCCCCAGAUGAUCCUAGCCGAUACAUCUCUCCCGAUCAGCUGGCUGACCUGUACAAGAGCUUUGUCAAAAACUACCCAGUGGUUUCCAUCGAAGAUCCCUUCGACCAGGACGAUUGGCCAGCCUGGAAGAAGUUCACGGCCGAGGCCGGGAUCCAGGUGGUGGGUGACGACCUGACAGUGACCAACCCUAAGCGCAUCAGCAAAGCCGUGCAGGAGAAGUCAUGCAAUUGUCUUCUUCUCAAAGUGAACCAGAUCGGCUCCGUCACCGAGUCGCUGCAGGCCUGCAAAAUGGCCCAGUCCAACGGAUGGGGGGUGAUGGUGAGCCAUCGCUCUGGGGAGACGGAAGACACCUUCAUUGCUGACUUGGUGGUUGGUCUCUGCACUGGACAGAUUAAGACUGGUGCUCCUUGCCGAUCCGAACGCCUAGCUAAAUACAACCAAAUUCUAAGAAUUGAAGAGGAACUGGGGAGCAAGGCCCGUUUUGCCGGGCGGAAUUUCAGGAACCCCCGAGUCAACUAAAAGAAAACUCAGGCUGUCCCAGGACGAAGCUCAUUAGAGGAUUUACAUUUAGCCCCCUCUCUCCCCUUAGUGCCUGCGUCGUAGAAAAGGAAAGGGCAGCUGAUGGCAACGGUUCCAUGUUUGCAAUCCUGUAAUUCUCCCCCCCCCCCAAAAUGCCUCCCUUCUCUCCAGCUGUUGCUUUCAAGAAACAUGGGGGGGCUUGGGGAGGGGGGCUUAAGGAAGGACAGUUCGCUCGUCUUCUCAUCGCUGGGACCUGGGAGUGCAGCCCUCUCCUCUAUAGUGUACACCAUUUUUUUUUCCUGCCUUUGCUUGAGAUGCUGAAUCUGUUUUUUUUCCCCCUCACUUUGCUGCUUCCCUCCUAUCCUUGAAUCCUAAUCCCUUCUCCCCUUUAGUGUAUGGAAAAGAUUUGCAAGCCAUCUGAGCUACCUGUUCUCAUACACACACACACACACAUACACCCAUCCCAGAAAUUCUCUUGAGUCAGCAAAUUAAAAAAAACACAGAAACGCU